GCGGACCGUCGGAACCAUCGGGAGCAGUUAUGGCAGAACAGGACGGCAGCAGGUUCUUCAGGAGAACCAGUCUGUUCUGGAUCAUCACCGUCAGUCUGGCGGUUGGAUAUUUUUCUUUUGCAGUUUUUGAUCCUGAUAAAAUCCCUCUGGACUCUCUGGGUCCGUUCGGCAGCUUCACCCGACACCUGGUGCAGAACCACCCAGGCCUCUUGCUCAAAGGGUGGUGGGCAGCCUUCGCUGUUCAUGUGUUCGAGGCCAUCAUGGCUUUGAAGGUGUGCAGGAACAAAGGCAUCUCCAGCCCCACCGCUCGCUUCUUGUGGUUCUUCCAGACCUUCCUGUUCGGCUUCGCCUCCCUCGGCCUCCUCUUGAAGUACGAUCCGGAGCGACCCAAGCAGCGCUGACCUGAGGGGCAGGAGGCGGAGCCUAAAGGCACUUCCUGGUGCGUCUGGUGCUGAGAUCAGAACAGCUGAGUUUUGACUUUAAACUUUUAAAGUGUUUAGUUUUCUUCAAACACUAAAAAUAUUUUAAUAAUAAAUCAGAUUAACGGUGCAAUAAAACUGAUCCUGAAGGAAGUAAUUGUUUACAGAUUAGUUUAAUUUUAGCUGCUAACUGAUGAUGAUGAUGAUGAUGAUGGUGAUGAUGAUGAUGACAGACACAUUCCGUUUUUAUUUUGACCUAUAUGAAGUGUUGAGUCCUAGUUUUAACAAUAAAGAGUCAUUUUCAAGCUGCA